AUGACAGAGCCUGGAGAGCAACUGCCAGAGGAGGUGCUGGCGCUUAUCUUUCGCCACCUGCCCCUGCGGGACCGUGCCACUGCCUCCAGGGUCUGCAGAGCCUGGGCUGCUGCUGCUACCUGCAGCGCGGUGUGGCACGACACGAUCAUCAGUUACGACUGUGAGCGAGAAGGUACGCUGCUACCAUAUCUGUCCGCCUGCCUGGACCACGUUCACAAUCUACGGCUGGAAUUUGAGCCGUCGAGGGAGCCGAGCCGCAGGGCGGCCACUGAGUUGCUGACGGCACUGGCGGGUCGUACCCCAGGGCUUCGAAGCCUGCUCCUGAAUUGCCACGGAGAAAAGCCCCUCUUCGACGCAGGCCGCGACAUCCUGGACGCCGUGCACGCCAUCUGUCGGGCCUCCUGCGCGCUGCGUCACCUCGACCUUCGGCGCUUGCCUUUCACACUGGACGACGCACUGGUGCUGCAGGCGUCACGCGGCUGUCCCGAGCUCCGAAGCCUUUUCCUAAACAACUGUACGCUGGUGGGCAGCGUGAGUCCAGACUCCGUGCUAGAGCUACUGAAGGCCUGCCCGCGUCUGCGCGCCCUUGGGCUGCACCUGGCCAGCCUGUCGGGCACCGCCCUCCAGGUGUUAGCGGCGCCAGACCGCGCGCCUUUCGCUCACUUGGCCCUACGGUGCGCGUGCCCCGAGGACGUACGCGCGCCCCCCUUGCCCGAGGAAGACUGGGCCGCAGUGCGCCGCCGCCACCCAAGCCUGGUCGUGGAGCUGGAGCUGGAGCCAGCGCUGCCUGACGAGAGCGUGACGCGGGUCCUGCAGCCUGCCGUGCCAGUGGCUGCGCUGCGCCUCAGUCUCUCUGGGGACACCGUAGGUCCGGUGCGCUUUGCUGCGCGCCAUUAUGCCUCAACCUUGCGCGCGCUCGAGGUGCGCGCCGCUGCCUCAGCGGAGUUGGACGCCGCGCUGGAGUUGCUGGCUGUGCGCUGUACGGACCUGCGCGAAGUACACUGCUUCUGCGUCGUGCGACCCUCCGUGCUGCACGCCUUCCGCGCGCACUGUCCGCGCCUGCGCAGCUACACACUCAAACUAACCCGGGAGCCACAUCCCUGGCUGCCCACUCUUGUGGCGUGA